CGCCGCCCGGCACAGUGCAACUCUCCCCGCGAGCGGAGCAACUUUCGCUCGUGCUAACGGCCGCAUCUGCUUCUAUUUAACGCUUGUGUUUGCGCCGUUUGGCUGUGGUAGAAUAUGAACCGCUGGAGGAGACAGUAAGUCGCGGAACAGUAGGUCUCCUUUAGGGUCGGAGUCCUGUUUGUGGAGUAUUUUUUGCAACCGAGGAGGUGCGAGAGCAACAGACCGCGGGAAAAUGUCGUUACUUCCUGUGCAGUGAAGUCUUGGCGCGACAUUACAGUUGUAAACAACAGGAGGACAUAUAGCUAACAAUACGCAAACAAGAACUCCUUGAGAAACUGAACCACAGUAAACACUUGGAAUAAUGGAGGACAUUGACACAUUUGAUGCUUCUGGUCUCUUGGUCUCUGAUGUCAAUGAAGAUUCUGUGGAUAUAUAUGAUGGCCUGGAUAUCAACUCUAGCAGCAAUGCAGAGAAGUCAUCUUCAAAUGAUUCUCAGCCGAAAGAGUCUAUGGAUCUUUAUGAAGAAAUUUUCACAGAGGAACAGCAGAGCAGAGAGUUAGCAUACUUGGAGUUGAAGUCCAGAUUCCAAGCAGCUCAAAACCAAAUUAAAGAGUUGCGUAGGAGACUGGAGCAGAUGGAGAUACAGAACACAGGGUUAAACACUGAGAACUGCCGUCUUAAAAAGAACAUCUCCGCACUGUUACGGACAGCUAGACAGGAGGUGACACGAAAAGAUGCUGAGAUUCAGAGACUGAACCAACUUUCAGAGAAAGGUCUCCAUCAUCAUCAUCAAUCUCACAUCAAUAAUGUGAGGGAUCAAAAUUUGUCCAGGGGGACCACCACAGGCAGCUCCAAAAGUAGGCCUCCUCCACUACCCUCCGGUCCUCCUCAUCCUCUACUACCUUCUGGUCCUCUACCACCCUCUGGUCCUCUACCACCCUCCGGUCCUCCGCUGCCCUCCAGUCUUCCUCCCCCUCUUCCACCUCAACUAGCCACACAUCCCAGGGAGGAUCGUACUCCAAGGGAACCUCCUCAACCUUCUGUGAAGGAAAGCAAUAGUUCCACCUAUCAGUCCAGUGGAUCUUGUGUGACAAGAGCUUCAAAAGCAUCCUCCCACAAUCAUUCAAAAAGUUCCUCAAGUUGUGAUCUAACUGAUAAACUGACUGAGCACUCCAUUAGCAAAUCCAGCAGCUGUUCAUCAACCCGACAUAGUGAAUCACACAAACACAAGUCCAAGCACAGAGAGGAAAAAUGUCAAAGUCAAAAACUAUCUGAAUCAACAGAUAGGAGACAUAGAACUUGUUCAGAUCCCAACAAGGACUGUAAUGGUCCUGAGAAAAACAGGUCUCACAAAGCAGACAGAGACAAAGGACGAAGGUAUGACUCCAGGUCUUGUAAAAGCAGAAACUACGCAAAUGAUGAGGGCCACCACAGAUCAGAGAGGGCCAAAAGCCCUCCACCAGAGAUUUUACAUAGUGCAGCUUUCUCUGAUGACAAGAAAGGGAGAAGUCGAGAACAGAGACCAGAUAAAGCCAAAAUAUCCACAUCAGACUCUGAACAUAGUGCAGCUUACAGCUCUAAGGAGGGCUACAGCCGAGAUCAUAGGAAAAUCACAACUAGUGACGGACAUAUCAGAAGGUCAAACUCAAAGGACAGUAAAAAGUCUUCUUCAAACAAACAUGCCGAGUGCUACAGUGAUUCCUCCAAAGAGAGGGAAGGGGAUAAACUGUCAAAGGAUUAUCAAAGGAAGGAGAAUAGACGACGUGAAGAUGAAAUCAGCAGAAAGCAUGAGAGGAGCAGUCUGUCAAAGACAAGCAGAGAACGUGAGAAGCAGAGAUCAAAAGAAUCAGAUCACGGUAGAGGGGAUGCCUGUAGUAAGGAAAGAAAAGACAAAACACAAGAUGCCUUAAAAAUAUCAUCCGAAGAACCAAAUAUCACAGAGAAAAUCUCUGUGGAGGAAAACAGUCCAAACAGAAAACUGUGUUUCAUGGAAACAUUGAAUCUAACUCUUUCACCAAUGAAGAAGCCAGUGUUGCCCACCAAUGCCAACCAUGGUGACCUCACACCAGUGGACAAGGUCGUUGAAAACAGAACAGAUGACGAGAGUUCGCAACCUAACGUUGAAGACAUGUGUGUGAUUGAUGAAGUCAACAGCAGUGAAUUAGAAGCAGGGUUAGAAGAUGUUGCAGAGCAAUCUCCAGAUAUCACCAAAUCUCCAGAUUCAGAAAAGACGCAUAAGAGAUCUGACGAUGCGAAAGAUGUCCAGGAGAGGGAUAAAAACCAGAGUGAAACUCCUGCAGACUAUUCAGUCCAAACUACCUCAGACCAUUACCAACACCUAAAAACUGCAGAGAAUCAGAUGACUGUGCAUCUCACACCAAAAUCCCCAGAGAGUAGUUCUCAAAAAGCAACGGAUGAAAAGUUGACCCUUUUAAAAAAUGAGGACAAAACCAAACUGGCCUCAAACAGCCGGUUAGAUGAAUGUGGACCUCUGGAGGCUACAGAUGGUGUCAGUGAUACAUUUGGAAGCAUUUAUAAACUGCACACAAGCAAUUCUUUACAAAAGGUAAACUCUGGAAAUAGUACUGAUCAAUCUGUUCCUGCAUCCGUUGUGCUUGAUUCAAGUGUAGAACUGAAGUUUAAAGCUUCUAAAACUGCAGUAAAGAAAAGCCUCCCUGUGGAUCCAGUCAAAGAAGACACAGCUGCUUCACCCUCAAGGGAAGGUCCUGUAUUUGAUGUUUCUGACAAAGCCAAUCCAGAAAGUCAUCUAAUUUCACCCACUAUCCUACCUCAGGACUGUAAGCAAGGGCCGUGUCCUCCUGCUUCCAGUUCCAUUCACGAGAAAGAUGCUUGUCAUACACAAGCUGGUCCUGCAGAUACAGAUGCUGUAUCCAGUACAAUAAGCCUGGAAUCAUUGCCACAAGAAGGGCUGAGUCUUCCCGAGGCUAUUUACAUUUUAACACAGACAAAUGAAGAUGCCAGUGACAGCAGUAGCAUCACAACUGAGCCAAGUUCUUCUACGGGCUGUAUCGCAGUGUCCAAAGUCAGCAGUACAACAGAGGAGACAGCAGUGCCAGAGAAGCGCAGUGACCUCACGUUCACCCCAAAGAAGAGCUUCAGUCCUGGAAAGAGUCACGAGCCUUCCAGUUCUAGGCCAUUGCUCCAUGAUGAGGACUCCAUGAUGCGCACACUGAGCAAUCUAAAGAGAAUCCCUGAUGCUAUAAGCCCUCUGAGGAGCCCAAUACGGAUAACCAAGAGAAGUCAUCUCCAUGUUCAUGGCAAGCCAGGCCACGUCAAGAGCCUUCAGAAAGAGUUCUCCAGCACAGCUGUUGAUGCUAACUCAAAGAAGUUGGAUGUAAACAAAGAAAACAAAUAUCCGGGUUCUCCUGCAAACCAUGACGCGCAAAACUUGGUGGACAAGGUAUCCGACCCGGCCUCAAGUCUCUCUGACCCUGAACUGGAGGAAGGGGAAAUUAUAAGUGAGAGUGAUGAGAUGGCUGCAAGUUCUCCCAUUCCUGCAACCAAGAGGGCAAAGCUGGAACGGCCUGUCAGAAAUAAACCAAGUCCUAAGACUGUUUUAAAGAGGACAUCCGAAGAAAGGUGUGUUGCAGCAAAUGAAACGGCUGGUGUAUCAACACGGAGUCCAAAGAGUCGUUUUAAAACGGUUUGUCCCGCAGCAACCAAAGCUUCUUUUUCCACCAUAGAGGAAGUAAUGGAGUUAUUCAAGCUGGUUCGAACUGAGAUCCGAAAAAAGUACAUGAAGCUUCAUAAAACCUUUCCCAGGAAGAGCUUCUAUGGGGUAAUGGACAAUUUCCAGGAGUCUUUUUUAGAAUUUGUAGAUGGUGCUAACUUUGGUCAGAUAUGCAGUCAGGAAUGCGAGCUGAGACCCAAGCUGAAGAAACUGAUUGUGUCUGUGUUUAACAAAGUAUCAAAUAAUGGUAUUGUGAAACGCAUCUUUGAACAGCAAGCAGUUGAUCUGAAACAAAAGUUGUGGGACUUUGUGGAUGUCCAGGUUGAGUACUUGUUUAGGGACGUUUACACGACACUGCAGAGCCAUUGCAAACCAACAAGAGCUCAGGCUGAGGACAAUAGGCCCAGUGAAAAUAACAAAGUGUCUAGACAUCCUUCGGCAAAGAAGCCACAGUGUCAACAAAAGGAGGCACAGUCAGCUCCGACCAGCCUGCGUCGAAUCAAGCCUUGCACUGUGGUGCCUUACAAAACAGGCCUUGGAAGCAGAGGCAAAGAUAUCAGAAUCACACAUGUGGAAAAAGACAGGAAAGUUGACCAGCAUCAAAAAAAUUGCCCAAAUACACAAACUGUGGUCGACUUCCUACCUCCUAAAAAUAUUCCUUCAACUCCAGAGAAAAAUAGCAUAUCUUCUUUGGUUGUCUCUCAAAAUGGCUCUUUGCUUGACAGAACAGACUUUGAGCUACUAACAGAACAGCAAGCCUCCAGUUUAACGUUCAACCUGGUGAGAGACUCUCAAAUGGGAGAAAUCUUUAAGUGUCUCCUGCAAGGAUCUGACUUAUUAGAAAACAACGGCAUCGCUGGAGACAACACAGCCUGGUCCCUCGGUACACCAAGGAAGGACGGAGAGAGACUGCUCAGUAUCACUACACCAACUAAAUUUGACUCUCCAUCUAAACUUCUUUCCCCAUUAAAAUUCGAGACUCCCUCCAAACUUGUCGCAACAUGGUCUAGCAUUUCACCUCGCAAGAUGUCGUCUCCACGGUCCAAAGAUCAAAUCCCACUGAACCCCGCUUUCUUUGAUGAAAGUUGCUUGUUAGAAGUACCAUCAGAGAAUAGAGCAAUGCUGCAGUCCGGCUUGGCUUCACAGAGGUCGUAUUCCAUUCUAGCUGAAGAUCUGGCUGUCUCCCUCACCAUUCCAUCACCUCUCAAGUCAGACAGCCAUCUCAGCUUCCUACAGCCAUCAAGCAUGCACAUCAUGUCCACUCCAGACAGCGUCAUCAGCGCUCACAUAAGUGAGGACGCUCUGCUAGAUGGGGAAGAUGCUACAGAACAGGACAUUCACCUGGCCCUUGACACCGACAACUCUAGCUGUGACUCCAGCUGCAGCGUGGCCUCAGAAGAGCUUGCCACGCCCUUCGUAUUCAAGCCUGACCUGCUCAUGCAGGCACUAGUGAUGGAGAAGUCCAACGAUCAUUUCAUUGUAAAGAUUCGUCAGGCAGCCACAGACGCAGAUACCACGCUCACCGCUGAUGACAGCUUAAGUAAAACACUAACGGAGGGAGAUCAGCAACAUGGAGAAGGUGGUGUGGCAAGUCAAGAAAGUCAAGCAAAAGCUGUUUUGUCAGACAAGUCACAGAAAAGUACUGCUUCAAAUUCUGUACCUUCAGUGAACAACCAGUCCAACCUUGCUGAAAGGUCUGGGAUCUGUCAGGCUGCAACCAGUGCAGAUACCCAUCUCACUCAAGAUGAGAACUUGACACUAACAAAAGAUCCACCCCACAAAAAAGAAGAUGAGUCAACUCAACAAAAUACCUCAAAAGUUUGUUUUUCGCAUGAUUUACAGUCCCCCAAAAAUCUGCCUCAAACUACUCUUUCAAAUAACAGUUUGCACGGUGAUUCUCAAAACUCUGAUCAGUCCUUUGGGCAGAUCAGCCAGGCAACCAGCAGAGAAGGAAUCACAGCCACUGCAGAAGUGAGCGCAAGUCAAACACGCCACAGAGAAAAAGACAUGACAUCCCAACAAAGUCCCUCAAUAGCUAUUUUAUCUGAUUCAGACAACAGCCCACAUCAGUCUGCCGAAGGCUCCAGAACAAAAACAAGACAAGUGUUGCUGACACGUGUCGGAGAUGAAAUGGAGGUGUCAGAAUCAGAGAAAAGUCUCACCGUUGCAAAGGGGGAGGAGAAGUCUCACCAUUGCAGCACAUCAGAGAAAGACAAAAGGGAUUGUGGCAGAGGUAGAAAACGGAAGAACCACCAAGAGAAAUCAAAAGCCAAGCGUCCCAGAAAGGAGGAAGAGGAGAUUGCAGAAGAGGUGAUUGUGUCUAACUACAAGAGAGAUGAUAGUGAAUCCAAAUCCUCCCCAGCAUCUCUGUCCCCCAACAGUCUCUAUGCCAAGAAUGUCAUCAGGAAGAAGGGCGAGGUGGUGAUAUCAUGGACCAGAGAUGAAGAUCGUGCAAUUCUGGUCGAGCUAAAGACAAAAGGUGCCUCACGUGAGACUUUCUCUGCCUUGUCAGAGAAACUUGAUAAGCCAUCAGGGCAGAUUGCUCACAGAUUUUACCAGCUCAUGAAGAUUUUUAAGAAGCAGGAGAAGAUGGACACUUGAUCACUUUGUGUGCAAGCAAAUAGCUCUUGUAUUAGAAUAUUUACACACAUACUGUGGCACGAACACAGGUAGGUAGGCUGCUAUUCAUGUGACAGUGCACAAAGAUGUGAACGCAAGGUGGCUGAGUGGGUCCCGCAAUAAAUGCCCAUAUAUGCUACUCUUUCCACCAAGAUCUGGAGCCCUGUGUACUCCAGCCAUCAGCUGGGUAGACAUAUGGGCAGCAGUUUUAGCAAAACUUUGUUUCUCAAAGGAAGGUCAGAAAUUAAGUUACUGUCUGUGAAGGUAUUAUGUUCUGAAUAUUUAAUGGUACCUUUUCAUAUGGUUCAAAAAUAAUUCAGAUUGAUGUAAACGAUGAAAUAUCCAUUUAAAAUACAGUUAACAUCAGUGUUAUUGGUAUUGUUUUUCAUGCACUUUUUGGUUUGUAAGAAUCCACACUGCAGUCACUACUUGGUGCUGGAUAUUUCCUGAUGUCUGGUCCUCACAAAAGCAUAUAACUUCAUUCUCAGAGCAGCAUCUAUACAGGCUUUGCUUUCUCUGCCUUUGCAGAUAUUCUCAACAAGUCCUCAAGCUAAUCUUAGGUCUAGUCCUAAACUUGUGUUUUUCUCAAAACAGUGGGGGAAAAACUGCCUUUGGACCUGGAUCAUUCCAGUUUCUAGUGCAAGUACGCUCAAAUGUUUUUAAAUGAAGUGACAAUUUUAGUUCUUAAAAGUAGUAGAUGCUGACUGGAAACAAUUUGAAGCAUCACCCAUCAGUAGACCUUGAGUUAUGGGACUGAUAGGUUGUGCUUUUUAUUAUAAUUUUGUUUGUGACAUUUGAAUCUUCUUUUAAUGGAUAUAUUUGUAUAUGGGUGGGGGGCGGGGUGUGGGGUGCUUGAUGGAAGGUUGUUAAAAUGUUUACAUGUCCAAUUCAUGAACGGGACAUUUAUCUCUGUUAAUACAAAUGGAUCUGUUGGCCUUAAUGGCUUUUUGUUUGACUCAUCCUAUUGCAUAUAAACAGCAUGGAAUGCAAUAUUGUGUAUAUUGUGUGUAAUUCUUUACUGAAAAUAAAGUUUUAUUUAUUUA